AGUCUAUGCCAACAACCGACAACGCAGACACCGCAACCACUACAGGACGUUUGUAAAAAUUUGUUCUUUAACGUUGUCGGUACGGAUAUUUCGUCGUGUCUCGCGAACGGUUAUCUCGAAGGACUAAAUCGGGUGACUAGAGUGUACGUAUCUUUUAUUUCUCAGUGUUUUUGUGUGUGGAAGUGAAUAUUUGGCCAAUCUGGCGGCGUACCUUGAAGGAGGUCCCGCAAUUGCCCCUGUGGGGACCCUCACGUUAAGGGCCGGGUUGGCCCAUGUGCCUAUCGGGCCCAACUCUGGUUAUUUACAUUCAACCCACAAUAUAGGUAGAUUCGAGCCAGCCGCAGGGAUGCUGAUUGCCUGCGCGGGCUGCGAAAAGCCUAUACUCGAUAAGUUUUUGCUAAACGUGUUGGAAAGGACCUGGCACGCCGAUUGCGUCAGGUGCCACGACUGCCAUGUUCCUUUGACCGAUAAAUGUUUUUCCAGGGAGAGCAAAUUGUUCUGUAGGAGUGACUUUUUUAAAAGGUACGGUACUAAAUGCGGUGGCUGCGGUCAGGGGAUUUCGCCGAGUGACUUAGUGAGAAAAGCGAGAGACAAAGUGUUCCACUUGAAUUGUUUCACCUGUCUGGUGUGCAGGAAACAGCUUUCCACCGGAGAAGAACUCUACGUCUUGGACGACAACAAAUUCAUCUGCAAAGAAGAUUAUCUGAGCGGAAACAAGGCAGCUGUGAUUACUUCGCAUCAUCAGGAAUCUCUGAUGGGUUCGGCGUCUGAAGAUGAAGAAGAUGACGAAAAUAGUACAACUUCCUCAGUCGUUAAACACCAUUCAAUACACGGUUCACUCCCUCCAGCACCCGGCGAAACAAAUAACAAUUCUCUCCCCCCCGACAUCAGUAGUUCCCUUGGACAGGAUUCUAAAACUGGUCAAGAUGAUUCAGAAGAUCAAAAUUCCCUCGACGGUGAUCCAGAAACGAGGGAUUCCCAAACGGAAAAUAAAAGUCCUGAUGAUAGUAGCGCGGGUUCGAAACGUAGGGGACCUAGAACAACGAUAAAAGCGAAACAAUUAGAAAUUCUGAAGACGGCUUUCUCGCAAACGCCGAAACCUACGAGGCAUAUACGGGAACAAUUAGCGAAAGAGACAGGAUUACCUAUGAGGGUGAUACAGGUAUGGUUUCAAAAUAAACGAUCGAAAGAAAGACGUUUGAAGCAAUUGACAUCAAUGGGACGAGGGCCGUUUUUUGGGGGUUCUCGAAAAAUGCGCGGUUUCCCUAUGAACCUCUCUCCAGGCGGUUUGGAAGAUGGUCCAGCGGGUUUUCCUUAUUUUGCAGAUGGAAAAUUCGAAUUCGGUUACGGCGCUCCGCCUUUCCAUCCGCACGACGGAGCUUUCUUCGCUGGACACCAUCCUGGAGGAGGACCCGGAGGACCAGGAAUGACGUUCGCUCAAGCGGGUGGUCCGAUGGAUCAUGGUCCCAUGCCGAUGAGCGCAGGGGAUUUUAGUGCAAUGGCUAACGAACAGGGUCAGUUCAUGGGCCAACCGGGCCCCGGACCGGAUAUGAUGCAGGGUAAUAAUGGCGGCGGUAGAGGUGGUAGUCCUGAAUUUAUGUCAUCGGGCAAUUUCUCCGAUAACCCCCAACAAUUAAAUGAAGGACUCGUCUGGUAGCUGGCAAAAGCUCUGGCCAAAAGGGCCAGAGAAUAAUGAUAGCUUAUUUUGUAAAUAGAUAAUUUUAUUUGUAUAUCAAAGUUUAUUUCAAUCGAAAAACAAAUUUUUAUUUAAAAAUCAUGUCUCUAUUGCUGUUUCGAAAUAUUUUAUUCAACCUUUCAAUAUGUAUUUAAAGAAAACGAACUUUUUCUACGACAAAAUUCUUGUUGAAAUCGAAAUAGCAAUUGGGAUAAUUUAAAAACAAAAAUAUAUAUAUUUAUUGUAUAGUAAUUUGGUAUUUUAAUGGGAUAUUUCAUAUAAAUUGUCCAAUUUUCCAAAUAUCUCAAAAUUUAUUAUCGAUUGACUUGUUAACAGGGCCGGUUUAAGAGAAGGACAUCUUUCAAAUCAACUAUGGGGAGGUUCUGUUUGUUAACAUUAAAAUUUUAUUUCAAAUAAUUCCCUUUAUCGAUUUUAUUUAUAUAUUUCCAUUGAAUUUACCUUGUGUCACAAUAAAUUUAAAAAAAUCGAGUCAUAAAAAUUGGUAGGCUGCACUUAAGAUCGAAUCCCACUAGCAACACGCCACGCCACCCCUCGCCAAGUAUCCAAUAUGUGUGCAUAUGUUUUUCCAUUUAAUUCAAUUGUCUGUGUACACCCUCAGCCUAUCCCACGCCACUCCACACCACGUCACGCUAUCCCACGUGGGACGUUUCAAAAGUCACAGAUAUAACCGACGCGUGUUAAGACUUGUGAAUGCCCCUCUCAUGUUUUUCAAAAUUUUUAUAGAUUUUUUGGACCGAAAAUCUUCUUUUUCUCUUGCUAGGUCACCAAACGAACUACUACUUCUGCUACUGAAAAUUUCUCUUUUUAAAUUAUAGAAUGAAAUAAGCGUUUUGUCACGUGGUGGGUUACAAAUGUAUACACGUGAAUCGACGUCACAGGGCGGGGAAUGGCGUGGCGGGGCGUGUUGCUAGUGGGUUUCAGCUUUUAUUUGUUGGUUGAAGGAUUCCAGAUCUCUAGAUCCGGCCCUGCUUGUUAACAAACAACAACGAGAGUAACGUCCAUUUAAUUAAUAUAAAUAAAACUAAUUAUAUGAACAAAAUCAUAUUUAUUAUCAUAUCAUUUAACUAAGAAGUUAAAAACAAGCACCAAGCACCAGGCUUCCAACUUCUUUAAUGUAAAGAAAUAAUGUCCCUUUUUGAUCUCAUUUCUAAGAGAAUUCAUUUCGCAAAGGUUCUAGUAUCCCACCACUAGGUUUGUCCACUUUUUAGACGUUUUGAUUGCUUUUGGAGGUCACUUUACUUUUUCUGUAGCAGCGCUAGUCUCGUUACUUGAUAACCACCCCUCGUAUUCCAAAAACUUUGAUACCUGUCCGGCAAUCUCUUGCUGCUAAGAGGAUUCCAUAUGGUCCUGAUAUAUUCUGGAGAGAAGAAAGAUUCGCCACUGGAGGAGAGAUACUGGUUAUCAAGAAGACGAACUGGUGAGGAAGCUGAUAGAAAAACGUGUAGAAGUUUGUAGUAAUUGAUGCCUGGGGUCUAAAAAGAUUAUUUGUGCAAAUAUGAGACGUUGGGAUUCAAAUUGAACCAACCUCUUCAGCUAUUAUAUUGAGAUUGUCUCAUUUCCACUCCAUUAGAUGGAAUUCCAGAUCUAUUUUGAUAAUUUAUUAAUGUUUUUGUCAAAUAAUUUUUGAAUUUAUAUAGAUCUAUUCAUAUUCACUUUCUUGUUAUUGAUUUUAGGUCUAUAAACAUUGAAAGAACAUUUUAUCUAUGGUAAUAGUUUUAGAAUUUUUAUUGGUCACAGAUAGUUAUCCUUAGUACUUAACUUUGUAGACAAGAUCCUUGGAGGUACUAAAAGUAACAUAGGAUACUUUUUAUGAAAAAAAAAUAUUUUUUACGACAUAUAAAACAAUUUUUUGUCAAAAAACUGAAAAUCUACCUUCCUCAACACCAUCUAGCAUUCCAGUAAUGGAGUUCCAACCCUGAUUAAUGUAAUACCGUUCCACUUCCGUCACUUUUGUCUAUCAUUAUAUAUGCAGUAUAGAACUUUUGGAUUUUUGAGGUUAGGUGUCAUUUCUGUGGUUCCAUGCUAUUCUUUAUUUUACAUUUUACUCUUUGGUUUUAAUUCAUACACUUUAAAAAUACCUAGGAAGCAAAAACCCCGUGCAGUAAAAUGAAGCACGAAAUAAAGAAUCUUCAGUUCACGCAGAGAUUAGAAGACAACAGCAAACAGAGCGACAAAGUGUUUUAAAAUUCCACUUCGGAUACGAGUUCGUUCAGAAAGACAAGCUUUCUGCAGGUACCUAGAAGAGCGAUAGAAACGCCAGAACAAUCGAAAAAUACUUCAAUUUAAUAUCAUAAUCAUCCUUUGAUUGUUAUUGGCCCAAUAAAUAAAAAAUGUCACUAUUGCGAAGCUUUCAAAUGGAAAGAUACAACUAUUAGAAUGUGCUGUUCCAGUGGUAACGUUUCACCAUUACUUGGUGAACCAGAAGAGCCUUUAAAAACUUUAUCGUUAAGUUUUACAGAUGAGUCAGAGUCAUUUUUAAGCAAAAUAAGAAAUUAUAACUGUUGCUUUCAAUCAUAUUGAUUAAUUUUUAUUGUAAUUGAUGUAAUAUAAAAUGGACGCGUUGAGGAAAUACAAAAGGCGAGAACAACGAAGAAAAUUUGAGUAACUGAUUCAUAUAUCAACUGAUAGUUUUGCUGACAAACUGAGAAGAAUUUUGUCCAUUGGUAUUAAGAUUGAAAAGAGACAUAGAGGAGGUGAUUCAGAAGUCUAAAAAGUAGAAUUUUACAUGAUCAUUAAAAAGCUAUAUCAUAUUUCUUACAAUCAAUGAUUUAACUUACAAGUUUUUCAAUUUAUUCUCUAGUUUUGAUAUUCUUGUUAAUAACUUCCUAUAUCCUGUUUGUAACAUCGAAAUUUAUUUAAUAUAAUUAAAAAUUUUACACGUAUUUUGAUUUAACAAGUCAAUCGAUAUGCCAAAUUUCUUUAAAAUUUUGGUAAAGAGGAUAUGUACGUAAUAAAGACUUUAUAUUUAAAAAAAAAAUACAUAUCUGCUCUAUGCCAAAUAACGGUUGUGAAAUGAUGACGCACUGCAGUAGGGAUUUCUUUCGACCCGCUCAAUACCCUAUCAUUUGUUCCUUAGCCUCUUCGCAAUUAAUUGUUCUUAAUGUUUUUUUUGUUACAUUUUUGUCUGUAUAGAAAUUAUAAAUUAGAAGGGCGAUGUUUGUUGUAAAUAUUUUGUAAAUAAAUUUUUAAGUACAGUAUAUUUCGGUGAUUAUUAUUUGCUAGUGAAAGUCCAAUACUUUUAUUUUGUUCAACGAAAGUAUUUUUCUAUUGACAAAAAAAUGUUUUUGAAAUAUACUGUAUUAAACUGUUUAAUUUUAUUAACGACCCUGACCAUCUACUAUUUUAUGAAUUAAAAAAAUCGUUUGAGUCCUUUUCUAAUUGUUUUUUUUUGUGUUUUUACGUGUGCUAAUUUGAGUCCCAGCUUUGGGGAGAAAAGUCUUUGCAAAUUGAUUUCAUAUGAAAUCGCUGAAAAUAUAUAAUUUCUUGACCACAAAUUAGGUUGGUUCUAUGUUAUCGAAUUAUUAAAGCGACAUACAAAUUUUUUCACUUUUUUCACUCUUAGACAGAAAAUUAGUUCCAAAUAAAUUAGCGUAUCAAAAUAUUACUUUACAAUUCGUAUAAUUAUAUUAAUCAAUAUAUCACCCAAUAGAACAUGAAUAUCAAAAUAAAAAUCUGUUUAAAUCACAAAAAAUGAUUUUUCAACAGUUGUUACAUUUAAAGUAUUCGUAGUUGCAUUAAAACUACUCAAAUUGUGUAGGUAGUUUCAUCGUAGAUAUGUGAAUCGUUAUCCAAAACUCUUUUUUUGUAUUUGAUUCUACUUUAAGAAUUUUCGAAAUUUUAUUUUGUUUAUCGUAUUGUUGACCUUUUAUACUAUUUUCUGAAUACUGAGAUGUCUGUCCCACGUAAACAACGUCACAUCAUUACAAGGUACUUUAUAAAUAACUUCUUUGGUUUUUGGAUGUUUGAGAUUUUGAAUUUAGGGAAAUAUUUCGAUCAUGUCCUUUGUGACUUAUUAUAUUUAUUAAAAUGAUUGGAUAACUGUUGGAAACGUCCUUGUACAUUUGAUAAGGAAAAUGUUUUACGUGUUGAUGUUUAGUUUCUGUUUCGUUCCUUGAUUGAUUAUAGCAUCUAUUUUUUUUUCUUAAAUAUGUUAUUGAUCAUUUUUUCAGGAUAAUUAUUUUCUUUUAAUGCAAUUUUGCUUUUCGAAUAGAUAAGCUUCUAUUGAUAUAAUUAUUCAAGUGUCAAUGUCGAUCCAUUUUUCGAUAAAGAUCGUAAUAAGUCGAAAUAUCAAUUUUUAUCUAUUUUUUGAAAGUAAUGUAGAUAAAUCUAACAUUUUACCUCUAUCUGAUACAUUUGUCAUUAAUGUACAAAUUGAUUUUUUAUAUGGUUUGAACCGUUCUUGAAAGCGUUUGAUUUAUAUUUUCGCGAAACGAUUCUAGACACAGUAAAGGACAGUAAAGAAAACAGAACGAUUCGUAUAAUGGUAACUGACCUUUUGGAAUACGUAAUCUCGAUUACGCAAAUCGUCAUCGUACCAAGGAAGAUUCUUAUUCGAAAUAAAAAACCUAAAAUAUAAAAUUAUUUCUUAAAAAUAAUAUAUGGGGUUUAACGAAAACAUUUUGACCUAUUUUUUGACGAAUGGUCUCCUUUAAUUUGGAUAUAAUUUUGUUUCUUUCACGCAGACUUUACUUUAAAAGAAAAAUGCAUGAAAAUAAAUCAGCUAGAGAUAGAUCUGGGCUACGGGAAGGCAAUGGAAUAAAAUCUUCUAAAAUUUGAUUGAGAACAUCUCUUUAACCGUAGGUAACCUCUUGUUAAAUGUAUAAUUUCGUAUAUCAUCAAUUUUCUACUAUCGCAACUCUCAAAAUAAUGUAGCUCUGAGUAAAAAAUAUCUUAUAGCAGUAGUUACUGAAUCAUCACAUGCUUUUUCGGAAAACCACUGGCCAAUUAUGCCCUUUGAAGUAAUUGUCGCCCAAACCGACAUUUUUGGUAUUUCAUACAUACACUUAGCGGUGGUCUUACAGCUACUUGUUUUCCUAGAUAACUCUGUUUUUUAUAGUUUGUUCAAUUCCUUUCUUCCAGGUCUUUGAGGGUCUUCCUCGUCUCCUUCUGUUCUGCGGUUGAUACAUCAAUGUUUUCUUCGACCAAAUGUUCUGCUUCUUCCUCAUCACAUGUCCUUACCAGAGAAGUUGCUUAGUCUGUAUUCUCCCUGAAGUCCUAUAUACUCGAUCUGUUCUUCGUCGUAUAUGCUCUGUUCUGGAUAUCCUGCACUAUCUUCUUUCCACAGCCUCUGUAUUUAUUUCCUGUCUAUCUGUUGGUUGCCAGCAUUCAUAUCAUUUUUGUGUUCAGGUUAAUUUUUUCUGACUACAGCAAAGAGUUCAAAAUUUGUGUAGCUCUUUUCCCUUUUGGCGUCUUUAGUUGUUCCAUCUUCCGAAAUUAUACUUCCUAGCUAUUGGAAUUGUCUAAUCCUAUUUAUUUGCAGUUCGGGGUCUCCUUGUAAGUUUUCUACCGGCCCAAGUCCCAUUUUAAAUUCGUCGCCAACUUUCUCAGUGCAUAAUCUGCAUAGUCCUCGUUACCAGCUGUCGGUGAUAAACUAAAUAAUGUUGGUGAUAAACUGCACCAUGGGCGAAAAUGGCUUUGAUAGUUUUUUUGGUUUUUCUCUGCUCCAAAAUUUGUUUGCUGACAUGCUCUUGUGAAUAUGAGCAUCGUUAGAAAAGAAAAUAUUAUUGAAGAAGAUUCUCUGAUAUAUUUAAUGAAUUAAUCCAUUAACUUUUUGCUAAAGUUGUUUGAAGUUAUCGCCAACGCAUCUUGGCACAAACUCCUUUACUUAUGACACUACUUCUACUCCGUGCUUGCCCUUUUUGUUUUUUAUUAAUAGUCCUUUUGAUUGUUUCGAAGUUUUUUUAUAAUUCGAUCAAAUUUACACUUGGAUACCAAUUACUAUUAUAAAGUUAUUGAUACCACGAUUAGUGAGUAAAGAUGUAAGAUUAUUUUUUCAAAUUGUUUUGCACAUAACGCGUGUCGUCAUCCCGUGAAGCAUUUCAUUGUAGCCCCUCAUUCAGUUUCUACACUUGACUGGUUACAAAAGUACAAAAAUUAAUGGCUCACCCAUAUAAUCCAAUGUCAGAACAGAAAUCCGCUUCUUAUAAUAUGUUUGGAUCAGGAAUUUACAUUCAUGAUCCACCCCUUAUUUCGUUAUAUAAAUUUUUUUUAUUUUUAGACAUGAACACUAUUUUUCUUCAUAAAAUAAACUAAAUUUUCUCAUUAUCUUUUGAAAUAAAAAAGUUUUCCUACAAAUUUAUUAAAUAGAAAAGGACGAAAACUUAUUAAAAAAUUUAACUAAGUGCCAACUUGCAGGUUGACAUUUUUCGAAAUUUAAUUCCGCCCAGUGGUAAAUCAGUAUUCAACAGGGAUCUGAUUGUAGGCCCUACUUGAUCAUUGAACAGAAUUAAUAACGAUUUUAUCAACCUGAUUGAGAAAUUGAUAUAAACAGUGUGUUCCAGAAAGUAGUAUACAACUGAACAAAUUUUUUAUUUCCAAUUCAAGAUAUUUGUAUUUUCCUCAAUUAUGUAUUAUUGAUUUUUGAGAAAAUUAUUCAGAAUCAUAUUUUAUAUCAAAAUAUAUAUUUGGAUUAAGAUAUUUCAGUACAUUUAUGAAUAAUUAAAAUGGAAAAUGAAUAACUUUCAAAUGUAUGGUCACCAACAAAAUCUCUACAGAUUUAAUUCUUCAAAUUUCGUUUUCCAGAAUUAAGAAAUCUACGAUUCUCAAUUCAAACACAAGAUAAACUCUUGCUUAUAUCUUUCCCAGAAGAAUAACCUCCUGUACCAAAAAAAAAACCUAACCAAAACCUGAUUUGAAGACAAAGUCAAUGUUAAUUAUAUAAAUACUUUGGACAAUUUAUCCAGUUCGUAAGCGUCAACUCUUAUUAGGAGAUAUUUCAAUGAAUUUUAUACAACUUAUUCCUUUAUUAAUGUCUGUAAUGGUAAAAUUAUCCUAAAUGAACCAUGAAACUCCUAGUAUCAGUCUUAAAUUUUUGACUGAAAUCUUUGUAGAAUUUCAAUAUUUGAAGUUCCAACUCUUACAAAAUAUAGUACCAAGAGGAUUGAGAACUGUAUCACUGAAAUAUUCGGGAUUUCCAAUGUUUUUAAUAAUAAAGUUAAGGUGAAAUGGUGUUUGUUUGGUCUUUAAGUUCUCCAGACAUUACCCCGCUAAACUUUCUUUUGUGAGGCUAUUUAGAAAAAACGUCUAUUAUCUAUUACAUACCUAGUAAAAAAUAUUCUUGAGUAAAAUUAAUUUUUUUAAUAUAACUUGUAUCUUGGAUAUCAAAAUUUUCAGAUUUUUAUUUGUUCUGAAUAUAGCAAGGUCGUACAAAAAGUUGUUCUUUUGUACACAACUUUUUCGAACAUACCGUACAUAUAUAAAUGAUGUAAUAUUUAUAAAAUUAAUGUAUAAAGAACAAAGUAGUAUAAAGCUUGUAAAUAUUUCAUAAAAAAUUAUUAUAUGUUAUGUUUUUCUAGGAAUUACGUGCAGAAAGUUGCCUAGAGGUCGUACAAAUAAUUUGUACAAAACCUUCGAUCUGCUGUAUAAAGCCCUCCUGAUAUGUUAGUGUAAAUUGUUAAUACUAGGUGUCUCAACUAAUAAAUACUUCUUUAAAA